AAUGUCAUUAUCUUUAAUGAUGCCAAUACUGUCACAUUUUAUUGGUCACUUCCAAUAUAGUGGAGCUUUUUCUUUUCCCAUCAAUAUCCAGAUGCUUUUAAUAUUUGUAGUGUGGGAUGAUUAGGUACAUUACCUGUUGCGUAAGCAAUAAUCUUCCAAUCACAGAACAUGAUCCCCAUUCAUUUAAUCAACCAAUCAAAGAGCAUCAUUUAUAUAUUUAUGAUGAUGUAUAUGUAUAUGUCAUGUGGGCGUUGGCAUGUCCUCUGUUUCUGUCGUGUAUGGUUGUAUUCAGUUUCAGCGUCAACGACAAAGUUCUCCUCACGUCUAAGCGGGAAAAUAAUUACACGAAUCCCAUUUGUUUUCGUUUUUGUAUCUCUCUGUCUCUGACAUUGUCUCUAAAUUUAUCAAUUUUAAUCUGCGAUUAUCCUUUGUUUUUGGGUACAUUUAUCUCCUCAAAUUCCAGCCCAAUCUAAUCUGUUUUAGACUCUCCAAACCCAGAAAUAGAAACACAAAUCACAAAAGAGUGAGAGAGAUAGAUCAUGCUCUCUGUUCUUUGAUGAUCUUUGACCAAUUUGAUUUCAUAUGUUUAUACAAUUGCUCUGUUUUUUCUUGUUCUUGUUACUGCUUUUACAAGCCACAAUGUCUAAACGUUCUUUCAAGAAAUUUGUGGAACAAGAACUCGGAUCUCGUCCUCAUUUCCUCAUCUACACGGUUCUUGAAUGGAGCCUCAUCGUUAUCCUCUUCAUCGACGGCAUAAUCGCCUUUCUAUCAAACCAAUAUGCCAAAUUCUUCGACCUCAACAUUCCUUGUCUUCUCUGCACCAGAAUCGACCACAUUCUCGUCCCUAGAGACCCUCGAUUCUAUUACAAUGAGUCAAUCUGCGACUCUCACAAGAAGAAAGUAUCUUCUCUUGCUUAUUGCCAUGUCCAUAAGAAGCUAUCUGAGAUCAAACAUAUGUGUGAAGGAUGUCUUCUCUCUUUCGCCACCGAGAAAGAAUCUGACUGUGAUACUUAUAAGUCUCUCAUUGGCAUCUUACACAAAGAUCUCGAGCUUCUCAUUGACGAUGAACGAGAACUUCCCUUGGCAUUCAAGAAAGACGACAAUUUUAUUCAGACAACAAAAAAUCUGGUGGAUCACAAGAACAACAUUAAAAAUGAUAGCUUGAAGCAACAUUGUUCGUGUUGCGGAGAAUUAUUGAAGAUAAAAUCUGAGAAGUUGCCGAAUAACAACAAUUCUUUCCUUGCUCCUGCUCCUUCUCCUAGGGUUUCGAACAACAAACUGUCUGAAAGAGAAUCUGAGUUUAAGGAUCUAGAUGUGGACAGAACACCGAGCUUUGUUAGAGGAGGUAACAAGUUUUUUGGGAUCCCUCUGUCUGAUUCGGUGCAAAAUAGUCCACGAUGGUCCGUUCGAUCUCUUAAGAAAUCUCUUUUGGAUAAGACAGAGAAUGCUUCGGACACGGCAGAUCCAAACGGUGAAUCCAUCCUUAAUCAGCUCAAGAAAGAGGUUCGCUUGGACAAGAAGUCACUCAUUGAUUUGUAUAUGGAGUUAGAUGAAGAGAGAAGUGCUUCAGCUGUUGCAGCCAACGAAGCGAUGGCUAUGAUCACGAGGCUUCAAGCCGAGAAAGCUGCUGUUCAAAUGGAGGCUUUGCAGUACCAAAGAAUGAUGGAUGAACAAGCAGAGUAUGACCAAGAAGCUUUGCAGUCGAUGAGUACCGAAUUGGCGAAGAGGGAGGAGGAAAUGAAGGAGCUUGAAGCUGAGUUUGAGGCUUACAGAGAGAAAUAUGGAAGUUUGACAGAUGAAGAAGAUGCAAGAGAAGAGUUUCAUGAACAAAACGGCAAUGCUAGUGCAAAUGAUGAUUGCCAAGAAACCAAACCAGUCUCGGAUUUAGGCGUCUGUUCUUCUAAUCAGGAGGAGAAUGGCGAAAACAUCGAUCGAAAUGGGUCUACUCAAUCUAAAAGGUCAGAGGAGUCUACCGCGGAAAAGGAUGUCUCUGCAGAUGAAGAAAAAGGGACAGAGAGCAAAGAAGGGAUAGUAAAAGAGCUUUCAGAUAUCACAGAGAGACUAAGUGCUCUUCAAUCAAAUGGUGAUCUGUUGAAACAUAUUGCUGAUGUUUUGGAUGUUAGUGAAGGAGAAGCAAUUCUACUGCAGAUCUCUCAGAAUUUGCACAUGCUUCGUAGUUUUGUUGCUAUGCCUUCAGAAUCCAUGAACUUGUAAUACAUCUUUUUUUUCCCUUUCUUAGAGAACAAGCAAGCUUCCACACCUUGUCUCAACUUGAAAACAUUUCUAUCAUUCUUUCACACUAAAAAAGUUUCAGUUUGCUCCAUGAA